CCCCCGCUGCCAACCGCCGCCGAGUAACGGUCCACCGGCUCGCGCUCUCCCGGGGGCGGCCGUUGGCGGCUGGAGCCCACCCGGCGCGUGUGCCGGCCCUGCCCCGCCCCGCCCCGCCCCGCCAGACCCACGCCCAGGCGCUUCCCCCACGCACAGCCUCCCGCCGCCUCACGGGCACACGCCGCCGGGGCGGCUGGCGGAGCGCGGCGGAGGGAGGCGGCGGCCGCGCCGGGUCACCUUCCCCCCGGCCGCCGGCAGCGAGAAGGGGCGCCCUCCCCGCUCUCUCCCAACGCCCCGCCGCCAUCCUUCCCUUCGGGCCGUCCCCGCCCCGGGUGAGCGGGUGCCCCGGGCCGGCGCGGGCAUGAGCUGCGCCGCGGGGAGCGUCGUCGUCGUCCCCGCCGGGGAGCCGCAGCGGGACCCCGCCGCCCCGCUGGAGCUGCCGACUGCAGCGGGGGAGGCGAGCGGGGACGCCCCGGAGGAGGGAGAGAGCGGCGGCCCCAGCGCCGGCGAGGGCCAGAGGGGCGGCUCGGAGGCGGGGGCCGCCGGCGGCGACAAGACGGAGACCCGCUCGGUGUGCAGCAGCGAGAGCGGCAGCGGCAGCCACCCCGGCGGGGCCGGCCCCAUCUGCAAGAUCUGCUUCCAGGGGCCCGAGCAGGGGGAAUUGUUAAAUCCUUGCCGCUGUGAUGGGUCAGUACGAUACACGCAUCAGCUUUGCCUGUUAAAGUGGAUAAGUGAAAGAGGGUCAUGGACCUGUGAACUCUGCUGUUACAGAUACCAUGUUAUAGCAAUUAAAAUGAAGACGCCAUGCCAGUGGCAAAGCAUUACUAUAACACUGGUUGAGAAAGUGCAGAUGGUUGCUGUAAUCCUAGGAUCUCUGUUCUUAGUAGCAAGUGUGACUUGGCUUCUAUGGUCAGCCUUCAGCCCUUAUGCAGUAUGGCAAAGAAAGGACAUCCUUUUUCAAAUCUGCUAUGGAAUGUAUGGUUUUAUGGAUCUAGUAUGCAUAGGACUGAUAGUACAUGAAGGUGCGUCUGUUUAUCGAGUGUUUAAGCGCUGGAGGGCUGUGAAUCUGCACUGGGAUGUGUUAAAUUACGAUAAAGCCACAGACAUAGAAGAGAGCAAUCGAGGAGAACCCUCAGCAGGAAGGACAUUGUGGUUACCACUGACUGCAUUUAGAAACAGAAGUUUAGUUCAUCCAACACAGUUAACCUCACCAAGAUUCCAGUGUGGCUAUGUGUUGUUACAUCUGUUCAACCGCAUGAGACCUCAGGAAGAUUCCUCAGAAGAUAAUGGCUCUGGGGAAGUAGUGAUGAGAGUCACCUCAGUGUAAAGAUUAUGCUCACUGUGCUACACAGAUAAGGAUAAUGUGCCCUGAUGUUACAGGACUUUGGAAUGUAGUUACAAUGAAUGGUGAAACCAUUAACACUUGAAAAAUAUAUACAAAUUUUUUAAAAAUUUAAUGCUUUUUAUAUGAUCAGCUAAAACACAAAUACAUUUUUCUGGAAAAAAAAAGUCU